CGGUCCCGCCCCUUGGGGGCCGGCGCCACGGGCGAAGGAGUCUCUCGGCUACCAACUUCCGUAUUGACCCACCCAUCGCGAGAUUUUGGCGGCGCAGCAAUGGCAAGACCAUGCCGCGACACUGCUCCGCCGCCGGCUGCUGCACACGGGAUACGCGCGAGACUCGGAACCGCGGCAUCUCCUUCCACAGACUUCCCAAGAAAGACAACCCCAGGCGCGGCUUGUGGCUGGCCAACUGUCAGCGGCUGGACCCCAGCGGCCAGGGCCUGUGGGAUCCGACCUCUGAGUACAUCUACUUCUGCUCCAAACACUUCGAGGAAAACUGCUUUGAGCUGGUGGGAAUCAGUGGGUAUCACAGGCUGAAGGAAGGGGCAGUCCCCACCAUAUUUGAGUCUUUCUCCAAGUUGCGUCGAACAGCCAAGACCAAGGGGCAUGGUUAUCCACCUGGCCUGCCUGAUGUCAGCCGGCUCCGGCGAUGCAGGAAGCGCUGCUCUGAAAGACAAGGACCCACAACUCCAUUUUCUCCACCUCCUUGUGCUGAUAUCAUCUGCUUUCCUGUGGAAGAAGCCUCAGCACCCGCCACUCUGCCUGUAUCCCCAGCUGUGAGGCUGGACCCUGGUCUUAGCAGCCCCUUCUCAGAUCUCCUGGGCCCUCUAGGUGCUCAAGCAGAUGAAGCAGGCUGUAGCGCACAGCCUUCACCAGAGCAGCACCCCUCCCCUCUUGAGCCACAGCCUGUCUCCCCAUCUGCAUACAUGUUACGGCUGCCACCACCUGCUGGAGCCUACAUCCAGAAUGAGCACAGCUACCAAGUGGGGAGUGCCUUGCUCUGGAAGAGGAGAGCUGAAGCAGCUCUUGAUGCUCUGGACAAGACCCAGCGCCAGCUGCAGGCCUGCAAGCGGCGGGAGCAGCGGCUUAGGCUGCGACUGACUAAGCUGCAGCAGGAACGGGCACGGGAGAAGCGAGCACAGGCAGAUGCCCGCCAGACUCUGAAGGACCAUGUACAGGACUUUGCUAUGCAGCUCAGCAGCAGCAUGGCCUGAGAGAGGGACCAUAUACCAAGGCUCUGGCCUCUUUUUCUCAGAGACACUUGACUGGAACUGCAUCCACUAGGCUGGCCAGAUGUCACAAUAAAGUGGAUGCUAGAAAGAGA